AUGACAACCUCCCAUCACCGGAACCGCUCCGUCGCGGAGGAACCUGUAACUUCUGUUCUUCCAGACGGCGAUAUACCUUACGACCCCACGCAUUCUCUUAACCCAGACGAAGAAGCUCUGGCGGCGCUUGGAUACAAAUCCGAGUUCAAGAGAGAAUUUUCACUCUUUACCACAUUCUGUGUCAGCUUUGCAGUUCUGGGUCUAUUACCCAGUUUUGCAUCUACACUUUACUAUGGCAUGGGCUACGCGGGUACGGCUGGUAUGACUUGGGGCUGGGUCGUGGCGAUGAUAGGAAUUCAAUGUGUGGCUAUGAUCCUGGCACCGCCUGGCUGGGGACCUUUUGCAGCGUGGCUUACUGGUUGGAGCAAUUGGCUCGCUCAGAUCACAGCAGCACCGUCAGGCAAGUACAAGACCGAUAUUCUUUUCUUGGUUGAUAUGGGCAUGCAGUUGACUGUUUUGAGCAAUUAUCAGACGUUUCUGUUGACGGUCUUUAUCAUGAUACUGCAUGCCACUCUUUCCUCAAUGCCGACACGAUGGCUGGCACAACUCAAUUCCGCUGGUUCAACAUUCAACUUCAUCGCGCUCAUCGUGGUUCUCAUCAUGAUACCUGCCGGUACAGACCGCACGGAUCGCGGCCUACCUCGUUUUGCCCCUUCCAGCGAGGUCUGGGGCACGAUUUAUGAGGGGACAUCCUUUCCAGCAGGCAUCUCAGUUCUGAUGUCCUUCAUCGGCGUCAUCUGGACCAUGUCAGGCUACGAUUCACCCUUUCAUCUUGCAGAGGAAUGCUCCAAUGCUAACCUGGCUUCUCCCCGCGCUAUCGUCCUGACUUCUGCUACUGGGGGUUUGUUCGGCUGGUUCCUCCAGCUAGUCGUUGCGUAUACCGUCGUUGAUAUCGACCUAGUCCUUGACUCUGAGCUCGGACAGCCAUUCGCUGCGUACCUAAUGCAAUGCAUGUCGCAAAAGAUGACGUUGGCCAUCCUUGCUCUAACCAUCAUCGCGGGGUUCAGCAUGGGUCAAGGAUGUAUGAUCGCUGCAAGCAGGGUCACAUUCGCUUAUGCUCGUGACGAUUGUUUUCCUUUGAGCAAAUACUGGAAAAGGGUUAAUCGACAUACUCAGACACCUGCAAAUGCAGUGUGGUUUAACUGCGCAAUCGGCAUAUUGUGCCUGCUGCUUAUCUUUGGUGGAGAGCUGGCAGUCGGGGCGCUGUUCUCGAUUGGCGCUAUCGCGGCUUUUGUCGCGUUUACCAUACCAAUCUUCAUCCGCGUCUUCUUCGUAGGCAAUCGCUUCAGACCGGGUCCCUGGAACCUAGGGAAAUACUCCAGUGCUAUAGGCAGCGUCGCAUGCGCCUUUGUCUUGCUCAUGAUACCUAUCCUCUGCUUUCCCAGUGUAACUGGAGCGGACUUGACAGCGGCAGACAUGAACUGGACGUGUGUUGUUUACGGCGGUCCAAUGUUAUUGGUGACGAUAUGGUGGUUCGUCUCAGCGCAUAAAUGGUUCAAAGGACCAAAGGUAAACAUCGAGCACAUGAUGCUCGGUCGGGAGGAAGCUGUUGUAAUGGGACAGGGGUCAGUGGGUGAUGGGAAGGAUGGCGAUAGCUUGUUGGGGGAUGUUCAAGCACCGGAGAAGAUUGCAAAGUCCUAA